CACAUGCAUCGAUAUUUUGUCUGGAUCGAUUUUUUUCUGUGGCUCAAAAUGUCUGUUUUGAUUUCGUUAUGGAUAACAGCUUUUGUUUUUUCCACAUGAUCUUUACAUUUGCAUUCAUUUUGCCCUAUUCUUCAGGUAUACAUUAGGGUUUGAAAAGCUUGAAAACAUUAGGGUUUGAAAAGCUUGAAAACAUUAGGGUUAACCUUGUUUUACAGAGAUGGCAGCCAUGGCACUUACUGGAGCAGCAUUUUUCCAAGUUUCUUCUGCACCCAUAACGAAAAUAAAUCUACCCCAGAAGAGUCAUGCACUGUUUGGGGAUUCUUUGAGGCCCAUUGUUCUGAAGAGGGGUGGUGUGGAUCGUUUGACUGCAAAGGCAGAGUAUAAGGUGAAGCUGAUCAUGCCAGAAGGUCAGGAAGUAGAGAUUAUGGCACCGGAUGAUUCAUAUAUUUUGGACACUGCAGAAGCUGCUGGCAUAGAACUUCCCUAUUCAUGCCGCGCAGGGGCCUGCUCUACUUGUGCAGGGAAAAUUGAAAUGGGGAAUGUGGAUCAGUCUGAUCAGUCCUUUCUUGACGAUACACAGAUGGAAGCUGGUUUUGUAUUGACUUGCGUGGCGUAUCCCACCGCCGACUGUACUAUUCGCACACAUCAGGAAUCGGCUCUAUACUAAUGGGGAUGACCGCUUUAAUGUUAUCUAUACCAACAUGGCCUGGUCUUAUUGAGGAACUACAAAUUAUUGAUGGUUCUAGGAGUCCUUGAAAUUGCUAUCGGUGUUGACAAUGGUCCUAGCUCUGUUGGGUCAUAACUUGCAAAAUUUUGAUCCAAUCUUCAUCAAACUUGUAAUUUCAAGCAUCUAUUUGGCUCUUCUAUCAUAUACAAGGCUCAAAAAUUCACACAGCCAAUUGUAGACAUUUUUCAACUUGGUUUUUGGUUAAGGUAUGAAUAAGGGAAGCUAUGCUAUAAGAAGGUAAAACAAUGCAAGUGGUCCAUGUAAGGUAUCUUAGAUCAAAAAUAGAUGAUAGACCAUAA